AUGAGCACUCCAGGGCCUCCUGCGACUGAGAAACCCAUCAACACACCAGAAGACUCGGAAGAUCAAAAUGCCGACCCCAAGAAAAUCACCUACCCCGAAGGCGGCUUCAAAGCCUGGAGCGUGGCCUUUGGUUCAUGGUGUGCCAUGACUUGUGGCAUGGGACUCGUCAACUCAGUCGGCAUGUUCCAGGCCCUCGUCGCAACGACUGUACUGCCGACUUACUCCAACCAAGCCAUCGGGUGGAUCUUUGGCAUCUUUGUUUUUGUCUCCUAUUUCUGCGGCGUGCAGAUCGGCCCCGUCUUCGACCGACACGGUCCCCAGGGACUGAUGGCUCUUGGGACUGUCUGUCUGCUUGUCGGCAUCUUUACCACCGCUCAGUGCACCGAGUAUUACCAGUUCAUCCUUGCCUUCUCCAUCCUCACCGGCACUGGGUGUUCCCUUCUCUUCACACCUGCUAUCGGGGCCAUUUCACAUUGGUUUGACAAGCGGCGAGGGACAGCCAGUGGGUUUGCCUUUGUGGGGAGCGCACUGGGGGGUGUCAUGUGGCCCUUGAUGAUGCAAUCACUGGUGCCCAAGGUCGGAUGGGCAUGGGCCAUGAGAAUUGUCGGUUUCGUGCUGCUCGUACUUUGCGUUGCCAGUGUGCUCCUUUGUCGAAGUCGUCUUGAGAUCAGACAGGCCAAGGCAUCCUCUACGUGGCGAGAUAUGCUGCCCAACCCACGCAUGUUUCUUGAUGGUACAGGAGCGAUGGCAUUUACGACUGCUGGGGUUUUCUUCAUCGAGUGGGCGUACUUUGUCCCGGUGUCAUACAUACCAAGCUAUUAUCUCGCUCGUCAGGGGCUGGCCGAGGAUGCUGACGCUGGAGGCGAUGCAGCAUUCGCGUACCAGCUUCUUGCCAUCAUCAAUGGGGCCUCUUGUAUUGGGCGAUAUCUGCCUGGGUACAUCGCCGACAAAGCAGGUCGCUACAACACGAUGGUUGUGUCCAUUGCUAUCUGCCUCGUGUCUGUCGCCUGCUUCUGGCUUCCCGAUGCGCUCGGCCAAGAUGGAGGUGGUGGUGCUGGACUGAUAACGGGGUUUGCAGUCUUGUUUGGUCUUGUCAGUGGCUCCAACAUCACGUUGGUGCCCAUCUGUUUGGGCCAGUUGUGCGAGACGCAUGAUUAUGGUCGGUAUUACGCCACUUCCUACACCUUUGCCAGCCUGGCAUGUUUGACAGGAAUACCUAUCGCCGGCGGCCUGGUGGACAUGGGAGGAGAGACGGAUAGAAGGGCUUAUUGGAGACCACUUGUGUUUGCUAUUGCCAGUUAUGUUGGCGCAUUUGGGUGUUUCUUUUGGGUCCGAGUUCGAGUAAAAGGAUGGGAUUGGAGAGUGAAGUGGUGA